UGAUUUGGAUGGAUUCUCCCGAGUUGACUUUAAUGGCCGGAUUUCAAUCCAAAAUUUCCAAAUUACGAUUGAAUAAUUGAUGUUUUGCCAAAUCAUGUUAGGCAACAUCACAUUUACUGUUUGGCAGGCACUGAGGUGGCUAUUCUCCUUUCCUCUCUGACUGAAGACAAAUCAAAUUCCCUUUGGAAACCCACAGCUCAACAAACUAGACAGACAUAGUAACGCUUGCAAGUUGUAUUAUAUUCUUGUGUUACAACAUCGCCAUCACAAUUAUUUUCCCCAAAAUUCCUUUUCGCAUUCCAUUCACUCACGCUUUCCUUUUGUUGAAAAAAAACUGCACAUAAUUGAAUGGAUACCAUCUAUGAACUCAACAGAAUUCUACAAACAGAAGAAGGUGAAUUGCCAGUGAUGAAAUGGAUAAACAGCCGGGGGCUAUGGGGACGAGUGCCGGUUUAGCUUUGAGAUUAGGACAGGCAAUUUUCUCUGUCAGUUCACUUCUUUUCAUGUGUUUUGGUGUUUCUUUCUUCAGCUACAGCUACGCUCCCUUCUGCUUUUUGGUGACAACCAUGGGUUUGGUAACACCAUGGAGCUUGGGAUUGGCAAUGAUCGAUACAUUUUUAGUGUUGGCUAAACGCCCUAAUCAGCCCAAAGUAUUGUCAGCUGUUAUUUUAGGAGAUUGGGUCCUUUCGGUUCUGUCACUGGCUGUGUCGUGUUCCACAGCUAGUGUGGCUGAUUACCUGAUUGCUUCUCAUAGUGUAUACUGCAGAGGUAAUAUAUGCCUACGAUAUCAACUCUCUGCUGCCAUGGCUUUCUUGACUUGGAUAUCGUCAUCGGCGUCUUUGCUCUUCAAUCUUUGGCUUCUUCCUACCUUAUAGUAUAUUGUAUCUCUGGUCCUGGACCUCCUGGUUGUCUUUUGAUUUAAUAAAUAGGGAGUAAAGAUUGUCAAGUAAUAUCUCCAUCUUUGCCAUCUCUCCGACAUAAUUUGGUUUAAUUUAUGGGGCCAAAAGAGAGACCAUUUGUAAAAUGUCACCAAUAUGUUCUACUAUGAUCUCUGCAAGGGUUAGAAUGAUACUAAAAGUUAGUUCACUCAUUGCUUUAGAGUAUUUGGUCCAUUUAUAAACGACAUGCAUAAUUAAACUUGCACAACAUGGAUUCACAAUCUACUGCCUUGAUACCCUUGGUAACGUCGUUUCCUACCCCCACACAAGUUGAAGUCUCUAUCCAAGACUAGAUCCAAUUUGAACUCCUCUAUUACCGCUUUUAUAAGAGAAGCUUUUAGAUUAGAUACUCAAAUUGUUCCGCAUGAUAUAUACCAGAGUUAUCUUGUCCUAAUUAGAUAAUUGUAACCAUUGUCUUAUAUUAUUUAU